AAAGACAAAGUCGAACCUAGGAUUUUCAUCAGUCGCUUGCACUUUCGAGUUCGAAGAAUCACAAGCCAACCCAAACCAACCAACAAAAUGAAGUCCUUGAUGAUCCUUUUCGCCAUCGUCGCCAUCGUCGCGGCUUUCCCUGAACAGGAACGUGAACGUCGUGGAAUCCUCGCGGGUCCCGCUCUUGCUUCCCCAUGGAUUGGAUCCAACAUCGCUGCUGCCCCCAUUGCUAUCGCUGCUGGCCCUAAGCUCCUUGCGGCGCCCGCCGUUGUAGCCGCCCCAGCUCUUGCCUCCCCUUGGGGACUCAAAGCUUGGUAAACAUCACUGAACACCCCGGCGUAACUGGACCUGAAGUAUUACAAUGAAGUUCGACAUUCU